AUGGCACAAAAUAGGAUCAACGAUAUGGCUUCGAGAUUUGGCGGACCAGGCAUCGCUAAAGGAAUAAAAGCAGCGGCUGUAAUCGGCACCACAGUGUACGGUUUGUCCCAAGCUGUGUAUAACGUAGAUGGAGGCCAUCGCGCCAUCAUAUUCAAUAGAAUUGGUGGAGUACAGCCUGACAUUCUAACAGAAGGUAUGCACUUUCGGAUACCGUGGUUCCAAUACCCAAUCAUUUACGACAUAAGAUCGAGACCCCACAAGAUAUCUUCGCCCACCGGUUCGAAAGAUUUGCAAAUGGUGAACAUCUCUUUAAGAGUACUAUCACGGCCCGACGAUAAGAGUUUACCAACGAUGUACAGGACCUUGGGAACCGAUUUUGAUGACAGAGUGCUACCGUCUAUCUGCCAUGAAGUUUUAAAAUCUGUCGUCGCCAAAUUCAACGCUUCUCAACUUAUCACUCAACGUCAUCAGGUAUCGUUGCUUAUCCGAAGGGAAUUAGCAGCGAGAGCCGCUGAAUUCAACAUCAUUUUGGACGAUGUUUCAUUGACAGAUAUGAGCUUUGGAAAAGAAUAUUCCGCCGCUGUAGAAGCCAAACAAAUAGCGCAACAAGCUGCUCAAAGAGCUUCGUUUGUCGUUGAGCGGGCGAAGCAAGAACGCCAGCAAAAGAUCGUUCAAGCUGAAGGAGAAGCUGAAGCCGCUGAAAUGUUAGGAAAGGCCGUCUCAAUGAAUCCUGGAUAUUUAAAGCUGAGGAAAAUAAGAGCUGCUCAAAAUGUGUCUAGAAUAGUAGCUCAGUCUCAGAAUAGAGUUUUCAUAUCUGGUGAUAGCCUGAUGUUAAAUCUACAAGAUCCAGAAUUUGAUAUUUCUUCAGAAAGAGUAGCUAAGAAAAAGUAG